CAGUCUUCAGCACCACCCCUGCUGGAGCAGAGUGAUAGUGUGGUCUUGAUCCUAAGAAAAUACAUCUUUGUUCAAAGUCACAGGAAAUAAUCAGGCCCUGGACAGAGCCUCUGCAACAGUAUGGCCAUCCGAACCAAGACUGUCUAGAAACCCUCAAGUGUUAUAGUGGGUACAUGUAGGAAGGAAAACCAACUGUAAGUAUCAACUGGAUAGACAGUGUUCCUCAGCGUGAGAUGUUAGGCUGGAAAAAGUUGGGAGACAUGGCUCCUUUUUCACUCUGAGCCUUCUCUGAUGGUGCAGAGAUGGACAAGGAACCCAGCAUGGAAAGUGACGAAGCAGAAACCACGGAAGAAGGGGAAGUAAAGACUGACAAACAAGAAGAAACAAAUCAAGGUGACACUAAUGAAAGCCCAUUAUUCCAGGUUCAGCCCAGCUAUGGAACACUCCUGGUCUCAGACCCAGCCCCCACCCAGGAAAAGACCUCUGUCCAUGAAGUCAGCGACUUACCACUCAUACCUGCACAGGAACAAGAAGUGCCAGGCACUGCCCUACCUGAGCAAGGUGAGGACAUCUCUAAAUCCUCAGUAAGCUCCAUGCAACCCAAGCAAGCCAACAGCACCGACUCCUCACCAAAAGCCAUCUCACCCAAACAGACUGACGCCCCUAGCUCAGCAGCCAAAUCCAUGCAGCCUAAGCGGACUGAUCCUCCGGACUCUCCAGCAAGAACCACCACACUCAAGCAGCCUAAUGUGGCCCAGCCCCCAGUAGAAGCCAUCUCGCCCAAACAGACUGACACUUCCAUAUUCUCAGCAGAAACCAUUCUCCCCCAGCUGAGUAACACUCUUGACUCCACAGUAAAAACCAUUUCCCCUACGCAAGGCAAUAUAUUCACAUCUUCAGAAGAAACCACUCCACCUGAGGAAGAUGACAUGCCCAUUUUCUCAGCAGAGACCAGUUUGCCCAAACAGGAUAACAUCGCCAAGCUCUCAACAAAAGGCAUCUCACCCAAGGCAAGAGAGUCCCUCAAAUCCUCCAAUGAAACUGUCUUACUCAUGCAGGGUUAUACUCCAACCCUCUCAGCAAAAAGCACCUCACCCAAGGCAAGAGAAUACCCAAAGUCCUCCAAUGAAACUGUCUUAUCCGUGCAGGGUUACACCCCAACCCUCUCAGAAAAAAGCAUCUCGCCCAAGGCAAGAGAGUCCCUGAAGUCCUCCAAUGAAACUGUCUACACCCCAACCCUCUCAGAAAAAAGCAUCUCACCCAAGGAAAGAGAGUCCCUGAAGUCCUCCAAUGAAACUGUCUUACCCAGGCAGGGUUACACCCCCACACACUCAGCAAAAACCAUCUCACCCAAGGCAAGAGAGUCCCCCAAGUCCUCCAAUGAAACUGUCUACACCCCAACCCUCUCAGCAAAAAGCAUCUCACCCAAGGCAAGAGAGUCCCCCAAAUCCUCCAAUGAUACUGUCUUACCUAUGCAGGGUUACACCCCAACCCUCUCAGCAAAAAGCAUCUCACCCAAGGCAAGAGAGUCCCCAAAGUCCUCCAAUGAAACUGUCUUACCCAGGCAGGGUUACACCCCAACCCUCUCAGAAAAAAGCAUCUCACCCAAGGCAAGAGAGUCCCCCAAAUCCUCCAAUGAAACUGUCUUACCUAUGCAGGGUUACACCCCAACUCUCUCAGCAAAAAGCAUCUCACCCAAGGAAAGAGAGUCCCCAAAGUCCUCCAAUGAAACUGUCUUACCCAGGCAGGAUUACACCCCAACCCUCUCAGCAAAAAGCAUCUCACCCAAGGAAAGAGAGUCCCCAAAGUCCUCCAAUGAAACUGUCUUACCCAGGCAGGGUUAUACCCCAACCCUCUCAGCAAAAAGCAUCUCACCCAAGGAAAGAGAGUCCCCAAAGUCCUCCAAUGAAACUGUCUACACCCCAACCCUCUCAGCAAAAACCAUCUCACCCAAGGCAAGAGAGUCCCCCAAAUCCUCCAAUGAAACUGUCUUACCUAUGCAGGGUUACACCCCAACUCUCUCAGAAAAAAGCAUCUCACCCAAGGCAAGAGAGUCCCCAAAGUCCUCCAAUGAAACUGUCUUACCCAGGCAGGACUACACCCUAACCCUCUCAGAAAAAAACAUCUCACCCAAGGCAAGAGAGUCCCCCAAGUCCUCCAAUGAAACUGUCUACACCCCAACCCUCUCAGCAAAAAGCAUCUCACCCAAGGCAAGAGAGUCCACAAAGUCCUUCAAUGAAACUGUCUUACCCAGGCAGGACUACACCCCAACCCUCUCAGCAAAAACCAUCUCACCCAAGGAAAGAGAGUCCACAAAGUCCUCCAAUGAAACAGUCUUACCCAGGCAGGAUUACACCCCAACCCUCUCAGCAAAAACCAUCUCACCCAAGGCAAGAGAGCCCCCCAAAUCCUCCAAUGAAAGUGUCUUACCCAGGCAGGAUUACACUCCAACCCUCUCAGAAAAAAGCAUAUCACUCAAGGAAAGAGAGUCCACAAAGUCCUCCAAUGAAACUGUCUACACCCCAACCCUCUCAACAAAAAGCAUCUCACCCAAGGAAAGAGAGUCCUCCAAGUCCUCCAAUGAAACUGUCUUACCCAGGCAGGGUUACACCCCAACCCUCUCAGAAAAAAGCAUCUCACCCAAGGCAAGAGAGUCCCCCAAGUCCUCCAAUGAAACUGUCUUACCUAUGCAGGACUACACCCCAACUCUCUCAGCAAAAAGCAUCUCACCCAAGGCAAGAGAGUCCCCAAAGUCCUCUAAUGAAAGUGUCUUACCCAGGCAGGGUUACACCCCCACACACUCAGCAAAAGCCAUCUCACCCAAGGCAAGAGAGUCCCCCAAGUCCUCCAGUGAAACUGUCUACACCCCAACGCUCUCAGCAAAAAGCAUCUCACCCAAAGCGAGAGAGUCCCCCAAAUCCUCCAAUGAAACUGUCUUACCCAGGCAGGGUUACACCCCAACCCUCUCAGAAAAAACCAUCUCACCCAAGGAAAGAGAGUCUACAAAGUCCUCCAAUGAAACUGUCUUACCCAGGCAGGAUCACACUCCAACCCUCUCAGAAAAAACCAUCUUACCCAAGGAAAGAGAGUCCCCAAAGUCCUCCAAUGAAACUGUCCUACCCAGGCAGGAUUACACCCCCACACACUCAGCAAAAACCAUCUCACCCAAGGCAAGCAACAUCUCCAAGUCCUCAGUUAAAUCCACCCUACCUGAGCAGAUUGAUGUUCCCAAGUCCUCAGAAGAAAUUGCCCAGCCCACCCAGCCCACCCAGCCCAUCCAGCCCGUGGAAGAGAUCAUUCAGCCAGAAGAAGAAAUAGCUAGCUUCCUGGAGGUUGAUAAGGUCAAGGUGAUUCUGAGCAAGGAGGAGUUUGAGCUGGCACUCACAGAGGCUGGGGAGAGGCUCGUGGCCGUGACCUUCACAGCCAGGUGGUGUGGGCCUUGCAGGUUCAUCAAGCCUUUCUUCCACUUCCUGUCUGUGAAGUAUGAGGAUGUGGUAUUCCUGGAAGUGGAUGCAGACGAUUGUGAGGAACUGGUGAGAGAGCUCGAGAUCAUUGGCUUUCCUACCUUUCAGUUUUAUAAAAAAGAAGAAAAGGUGGGCGAAUUCCGUGGUGCCUUUGUGGAGAAGGUUGAAUCAACCAUUGUAGAAUUAAAGUAACCAUAUAUUCUGAAA